AUGUAUACAAAUAAUAAUCUUGCACAACUUCCAGAUUCAUUGUCUUCGUUAUCAUCAUCAUCAUUAUUACCGUCAACACAUUUACCUGCUACCUAUGGUAAUGUUCAAAACCAACACUUAACCGUUCUUCAGACACCAUCGCUAUCACACCAAGGUAUUCCAUCAUUGCAUCAAUAUCAGUAUUCAGCAUCGUACCAUUCUCGACCAGAACUAUUAUCUGCAGAUGAAUUGGAUCUGAUAUUAUCUUUCAGAAGGAUGCAAACGUUAAAUGGUGUUUCACCAUCCCAAAGACCAUCUUCUUCAUCGUAUCCAUGUGUGAAUGAUACUUAUUCGUAUCAACCAAAAUUGUCUUUUUCUCAAACUGGUCACCACAUGCAACAAAUAGCGUAUUAUGCACCAGAUUUAACAAUGGAUCCAUCUUUACAUCACUUGCACUUAACAACAUCACAACAAUGUUCAGUGGACAAGGGAAAUCAUUUGUUCAUUCCUGAAUCGAAGUCAACAUUUGAAGAAGUUACAAAAUCCUCGUCAUCAUGUAUACUUAAACAACGGUCAUCUUCACCAAUGACACAACAACAGUCGUCAGGCCUUAAAGUAUCCUCUAUGCACAAAUGUAACUUAUUAAGUGCAAAACUGAUUAUUGAGUUACUCGAUCCAACAAAACCUUAUCAGAUAGGAGAUCCAAUUAAAAUUGGACGUCGUAUUCUUCAAACUGAUCCCUCGUCAAUUAAGUACUGGGUAGAGGGCAGUAUGACUAUCAUCGAAACAACAACUGGUGGGAAAAUACUCAGUAUGGGUGGGUACUCAUAUGUGGUGAAAAAUUACGGAAAGCUGUUCACCAAAUGGGAAUGCGAGCGUAGACGUAAUGGACAGUGUUCAACAAUACUUAUUCGUACAUCUGAUCCAAGAAAUAAAGAUAUGUUGAAGAUUUUUUCAAUUGAAGGAGAGCAUAUACAUGAUCCUACACCGCAUACUGUUGAAUUAAGAAAAUUCAAACAGCGUGUUCGAAACCGAUGCCGACAGGAAUUAUCAAGUCCACGAAUGGUCUAUGAAACUGAGCUCAUGAAAGGACAAUAUUCGAAAGAAAUGCUUUCGAUUUUGCCUACUUUCUAUAACAUUCAGGCACAGUUAUAUCGCAUACGUCUGAACCACCUGCCAACGUCUCCUACAAAUUCAAAUUUUACACUACACUCAGGAUUUACCAUGACUGAUCAAGGACAUCGUUUCUUAUUAUAUGAUUCCAACUCUGUAUUAAUGCCAUAUAUAUCAGCACCAGCUCGUGUAGGCCGUAUCUUAAUUUUUUCUAGUGAUCUACAAUUAAACAUUCUGGCAAAAUCAAAACGUGUGGCCAAUGAUGGAACUUUCCAGACGGCAUCUUAUACUAGUCAACAAAAUUACAUUAUCGUUGCAGAAUAUCAAGAAGGCCACACUGGUAAUACUGAAGCCGGAACUGUACCGGUAGUAUUUUGUUUAUGUGAAAGCAAAUGUUACGAAACAUACCGGCUGAUUAUGCAAAUACUGAAGACGGCGAUGAACACUUUGAAAUUAUUAUGGAAACCGGCAUCUUGGAUGAGUGACUACGAGAAUGGAUUAGUAAAGGCGAUUAAAGAAGAAUUACCAAAUACAAAAUUAAUUGGAUGUGCGUUCCAUUAUGCCCAAUCCAUUCAUCGUAACAUCCAAGCAAAAGGGCUGCAAGACGCAUAUCGACACGUCGAAAUCGUGCGCCAAGUUCUGCGUCAAGUUCUGCGUCAAGUCAUGGCACUGGCUUAUGUACCCAGUGAUCAAAUUCGAUCAUUAUAUUAUGAAUUUAUCAAGAAACAGUUAAAUAGUGUUCCAACAGACGUUCGUCGAAAUUUACGUACUUUCUUGAACUAUUUCGAAUCGUUUUGGUUGAAAAGAAUUCAUCAGUUUUGUGUAUUUGGCGAAUCCAUUCGAACGAACAAUUCACUUGAAGGGUAUAAUAACAAGAUGAAUGCUCAACUAUCUGCUCAUCCGCACCUCUACAAACUGAUAUUAUGGCUGGAAAAAGAAGAGCUAUUAGUACAACAGCUGGUUUCAAAAAUCGAUGCAAAUAGGUCGAUCCGUAAGAGAAAACAAACGGCAAAAACCAUUCUAAUGAACGAAUCGUUGGAAGGAUUGUGGGAUCAGUACAAUACUGGAAAAAUUGAUUCAAAAAAGUUGUUGUCAGAAGCGUCUAAAUGGGUUGCUAAAAGAGUUUGA